GACCCUAAUCAGGGAAGGGGGGAUGCAGGGGGGACGCAUGCUCAGAGUGGCUGCUGGAGCCUCUCCUGCUCGCUACAGCUGCUCCGAGGGUCUGGCACACGGGCGAAGAGAAAGAUCAGGCAGGGAAGAAAGCUUGAAUUAUUGAUGAGAGCAAUGGCGUUGCUGUCGGCCCGGAGCGUGAUGCGUGUGGCGGUCCCGCUCAUCUCGGUGGUUGGCCUGCUCAGCGUGGGGCUCGAGGGGGCCAGCCAGGACUCUGGGAGUGUCAUUCCUGCAGAAAGUCGUCCCUGUGUUGACUGCCAUGCUUUUGAGUUCAUGCAGAGGGCGUUGCAGGAUUUAAAGAAGACGGCGUAUAAUCUAGACAUGAGGACAGAAACCCUCUUCCUGAGAGCAGAAAAGAGAGGCCUGUGUAAUUGUUUUCAUGCAAUACACUGAAAUCAGCCCUGGGAUUUCACCAAUGGACAUAUAUUCAUUUUUAAAAUGCCCUUAAAUAAAUUACAGGAAGAUACAGAGGGCAAGUUUUGCCCUACUGCAAGGAAAACAAUUUUUAUCCAAACAGGUACAGCUCAGUUAGAUAAUUUUUGCUUUGAUGUGUUUUAUCAUUAUUCCCAUGUGUGAUUUGCAUCUGCUGAAAUGUCAAGAGAAGAAACAGUGCCAAAGCCUCACUCACGGAUUUUAUGUAAGGAUAGUUCCUCUCUUUUCUGGUAUUUCAAGACAAAAAUUGGUUUUGAACUUUCAGAACAACCCCUCAGCACCUGUGAAUUGCCAUAGGUCUGUGAAAGUCAGUGGAGUAAAAUUCUUUAAUAUAUCUAUGGAAGAAUGUAUCCCUAACAUGAAAAGGAAGCUACUUUGCAAUGAUCCAUAGCUAAACAUUUACAAACAAACAGUUAUGGAUUCAUAUAGAAAUUAAUAGUUGUCACUGACUGCUUGGCAGCCCAAGGAAGGUAUUGGUUCCCAAUUAUGUCAACAGUCCAGUCCACAGAAAAAACAGUAAUCUGUGUCACAAUUUUAAUUUCUUCAGAGCCACACAGUAGCUGUGAUCUUUUUUGGAGAGAUUUAUUAAGUAUCUAAUAUGAUCAGUAACACUUGUAAUCACAUGAAUACUCCCUGGCAAUUGAACUGAUUGUGCCUGCCAAAAUCUCCUGGAGAAGUGUCUUUCAUUAAGCAAAUCACAUACUGGAUUGAGCCACUCGAACUGGCCUCUACAGAGAAUUUUGGCAGAGACCCUACAAAAUGCCUGCAUGCUCAGGAGUCUCCUGCAAACUGUAUUUUGAGAAAUAUUUAAGUUCUUUGAAAACGUUCCAUAGCUCUUGCAUGGACUUUACACUCCAUAGCAGUGGGUUACAGUGCUGAUGUUAUUAACCUUCCUGCUGCUGUCAGUGUGAGACAAGAGAGAAGAAAACAAUUUAGGCACUCUAAUAAUAGUAGUACUAGACAAGAUUGCACCUUGUUACUCUUUGAAAAAUAAUAGCAAAUCUUUUUUUGUUUGGUUUGUUUGCCUAUUUUCCUUUGUUUUUUGAGAGGACCAGGGAGAAUAGAAAGUGGUCCCAGUGGAAAGUUCUUGUAGAUAAUAACAGAUUUUUCACAGGACUUAAAAUAUCAUCCCCAAGGUGUAAUUAAUAGAGAUUUGUACAUCAGCUAGAGCAUUUCAGUACAGACUAGAAACUUUUAUACAAGCAAGAGUAUGGGAGCAAUGCCAAGAGCAGUGGUUUUCAAAGUCAUUUUACCAAUUCUUAUUGAUAUGUCUGUCUUCCCAUAAGUGGCUGGUAUCGUGCUGUUAGGCAGCUCAGUAAGCUAUGAUGGCAACUAUCUGUAUGUUUCCAAACCACUUCUCUCCCAUUUUAUCUACCACAUUAGGCACAAGGAAAUAGGGAACUGUGACCCACUGCCAACUUACUAUUUUAUGUGCAGUCAUACUGAUUAGCACAAAGGAGUGUACUACCAUAUACUCUGCCAAAGUUGUUUGAAAGGCAUGUGGUUCUCAGCAAGGGAAAGCUUGCACCUGCUUUUCAAGUAGGAAAUUUGCUUUGUCCUUUGUAGCAUUCUAGAAAAAGCCUUUAUAGGUGAUCAGGACCCAGUUUGUGUAGAAGAGAAGCAGCAUGACACAGCAACACACUGCUUCUAGUAGCAUUGCACUCCACUGUAGCACUGGUAACUGACUGGUGGGAAGGAGCAGAGGUUCUUAUCAUAGAUCACAUUUUAUUUUACAGGUAAAACAAUAGGUUUAGCACAGCUCCUUUGCAAAAUACCAACCAUAGGUUCCUUUACUCCCACUUAGAUUUGAACCAAAGUAAUGCACAGAUUUUGGGUUGGCUUUUUGCAGGAGGUGGAGUUCCAGCAUUCAAUCUCUGAGUUUUCCAGCACAACUCACCAUGCUGGGGGUUAGCAUGUCUGUGGUUUUGUACUGCUACUGUGCACGCUUAUCCUGCUGGUACCUUAAAGAAUCUGGCAAAGUCCUGUUAGUAAGCACUGAGGGUUUUUUUGGCUGUGUUUUUACCUAGAAAAAUGUUUGCUCACCGUUGAGUUUUGAUAUACACAGCUUGUUACAACAAAAAGGUGGAAUGAAUGACAAGUGGAUGUUCUGACUUCCAGAGGGAUCAAGAGUGACACUGCAACUUUCUGGGUGUGAUGGCAGCAAUUAUUCUGUACAUAGUCCUCUUUGUCUAUAAUGCAGUACAAUAAAAAGGCAAGAUGCAUUGUA